AUGAAUAUCGAGCCAAUCGCGGAACACGCACUGGACACAGGACACAAAAUAGACUUAGAAAAUGUUGAGGUUUUGAGGCGAGGACUACGGUCCACGCUACACAGACUGAUGGACGAGGCGGUAGAAAUCGCCAGGCAUCCCUUUCGUGUGGAGAACGGUCUUGGGUCACUCGAGCUAACACCUGUUUGUGUGCCAUUAUCAGAGGGACGGGUAGUCAUCAUCUGGAUUCCACUUAAUCUUACGCACAUCCCCUCACCCCAACUAAAUUGUCGCGACAUUCACAUGUCCACGAAGAUCAAAGAAAAUCUACCAGUGGCACGCGAGCAAGCCUUGUUCCCAAUGAUGUCCGUGCAAGUGCCAUUUCGUUUGACACUGUUCGAGUUACCUGGUCUGGUCUGGCGUGUUCUGUUUCGGGCCCAGCCAACAGCAAAAGGGCGGUCAACAAAACAGGCAAUAAUUACAGAGGAACAACUUCAAGCAGGGUUCGUAGAACUCGCGAUUGAGCCGUGCACGCUCUAUGCAGUAUACAUGGACAUAGAUACCUUCGGGAAUCAGUACAGGUCUCAAGUUUCAAUGAUAACCUCAAUGGACGACUUAAGCACGAGGGCUGAACUACUGCCAGAUUGCUCAAGCCUGGAUCGAGGAAGUCGAAAGGCAGAGGAUGGGUUCGAACCACGGACAUUCCGGUCAGUAACUUCACGCUCUAACCACUGGGACAAAUGCAACGCUCUACUCUUGAGCCGGAUUUUGAAGAAAUAUCGUUCAGCUGUAGAACCCUCUCGGCGCUACAUGCCACCCGAAGGAAGCACGAGGACUGGGAUGCUGCCAGGUUGCCCAAACCCAUAUAGGGGAUAUCGAGAGGCAGAGAAAAUAUUUCAUCAUUCAACUGUAACGCACUUUCGGUGUCUAACUGCCACCCCGCCCGAAGUAAGCACGAGGGCUGAACUACUGCCAGAUUGCUCAAGCCUGGACAGAGGAAGUCGAAAGGCAGAGGAUGGGUUCGAACCACGGACAUUCCGGUCAGUAACUUCACGCUCUAACCACUGGGACAAAUGCAACGCUCUACUCUUGAGGUUACAAUUUGGGUUCAUGUGGAACAUGGAGUUGAGAGAAAUUUGGGGACUCUUUGCUAACAUACCUGCACCAAACGUCUACGUGUUGAAUGUCAAGCCUGGAAUUCAGAGAGUCAGUUGGGACGAUCUGAGUGGACAGACAAUUUGUGAUUACCUCUAUGUGGUCACGCAAACAAACAAAAGGAAUAACACGGUAUACAUCCGUCGUACAACGGCAACAGAAAAACUCUUUGUCCAGCUAGAACCAUGCACGGAAUACGAGUACACGGUCCACAUUCAGCGGAGGAAGCUCGAAUCCGCCGGACCGAAAUCAACCCCCGCAACUGAAUGUGCUGCACCAGGUCGCCUCAUGUUUCAGUCGCUACGAUAUUCGAGAUAUCGCAACACAUGUAUAUUUUGUGAUGCACUACUCACAAGGUUGCUGAAUACUCCUCGACAGCCCACGACCGGUUUCGCCCUUCUUCUGGUGCAGCACAUUCAGAUGCUUGAAAAUGUCAUAAAUGGGAGAUUCAGCUAG